AUGGGCGACGAGGGCACCAGCUGCAGCGGCGCGGAAUUCCCGACGGCCACGGACGUCCUCGUGGAGAUCCUGCUGCGACUCCCGCCCAACUCCCGCCGCCGAUCCCGCCUCGUGUGCCGGCAAUGGCGUGACGCCGUCGACGAGCGCACGGCGACGGACCUGCGGAGCCGCGCCAAGACCCUCCUCGUCAGCGGAGGGGAAGCGUACGUCCUUGACGACAAGUGUGGGCUUAAGCGGGUGAUGGCUAGCCGGGCGGACCGAGUGAUGAAGGUGGUCGGCACGUGCAACGGCCUGAUCUGCCUCUGCGACGACAGCCAGUCCGGCGGCGCCAUCGCGCUGGCGAACCCAGCCAACGGGGAGAGGCUCCUCCUCCCGCCGUUGCCGUGCGCCGCCGAUAUCCAUAUGCGUGCGUCCAGCUUGAAGUGGCACGAGGCAUACGGCUUCGCGCACCACCAGAGCACGGGACGGUACAAGGUCGUACACGUCCCGUGCGGCUUCCGGGGAGUCUGGGAGUUCCACACCGUGCAGGUGUUCACGCUCGGGGACGCGUCCUGGCGCGACGUCGCGACGCCGGCAGUCGGCGGCGCCGGCGCGAGGUGCCUCCUCGAGGCCGGCAUCGUCGGCGUCGACGGCGCGACGUACUGGAUCGCGCAGGGCACCGAGAGGAUCAUGUCUUUCGACCUCGAGGACGAGCGCGUCGCGUCCGUCAAGCCGCUGCCGCUGCCGCUGCCGACCAGGCCCGGCAGCCGCUUCCGCCUGGCGGAGGUCCGCGGGAGGCUGGGCAUGGCGAUCAUCCACGACUCGCCGACGCUGGAGAGGACGGACGUGUGGGUUCUGGAGAGCGCGAGGCAGGAGCAGAGGUGGAGGCGCUAG